CGGUUCUUGAUUCCCUACAACGAAUAAGGAUAAUAACACACUACUACUACAGGAUAGCCUAUCCUCAUAAGCCCUGUGUAGAACAAAUCUGAAGCCCCCCACCACGUCAAAUCGCAAGUUGUGACGUGGGCAACAUAUCGUUUCUCGCCUUGACGUAGGCUGUUUGCACCACAGGUUAUGAUUCCGCGGGCUUUUGCUUUAUAUACUUGCUUUUGCUACAUUAAUUAACAUUCUAAAACAACUUCUUUUUAGAUCUCGUUUCGACCUUCCUCUUUGCCUCUUAUGUUAAUCAAAGUUAAAUGAUGCCUAUUUGUCAUCAUACAUUUAAAUUCUAAACUAGGACCGCUGACGCAAACAGCUGACGACAUAGUUGAUGACGAUGGCAAUGGUGAUACACCAAUAUGGCCGCGAUUGCCAAAAACGAGGCCGAUAAGCAAUCCUUAUAGUAGUGUGUAUUAUCCUUGCCUUACAACAAUGUAAUCUCGGUUUUAAUGCAGAGCUUAGCGAUACCUGCUCAUAUUCCAGCGCUGCCGCAAAUAUUCAUAGAAUCUCAAACUGUUUUAAGUUUUUCAGGGUUUAGGCAUCAUCUACAAAAUGACAAGCUUUAAAUCGCGGGGACAGUUUCAACUUAACGGAGAAGCAAAAGAAUCAUGUUCAGUAAAAAAAAAAACAGAUGGAUAGUUAUACCGCAAAAUAGAUUCGAAUCAACUUUCAAGUUAUGAAUAUACCUACCAUUUCAAUGGAAAAUGUUUUAGUUUAUCUUUUCGACUUUCACAUCAGAAUUGAGAGUGCUAUUUCGAAUAGAUAUCAUCAGCAAGUUCUGAUAAAUGGUGCUAAAUGCAGAGUUUAAAAGUGAACUAUUAGUAAGAUCAAAACCUGUUAACGUGGUUCAGGCACGAGUAGAAGUAAAAAAUCUGAGAGCCAGACACGAUAGAUGGAUUGAGUUAAAUCCGAACCACUUACUUUAAACUUUAAACUAUAUCUGCAAGACUAAACUGUUGGUAUUCACCAGGUAUUUCUUGCUCCGUCAUACCUACAGUAUAAGACUACAAGACGACGUAGUGAUGCACCAUGAUGGGGACAGAACUCUUUUGAGCUAGACAUUCAACUAAUUGAAACUAGGUUUUUGAGAUUUUUUUUUUAAUUUCUCGCUUUCUUAAUGCUACCAAAAAUCAACCAUUUAUUCGAUAUAGCUUGAACUUAAAUUGAGCCAAUGUUAAGUUAUAAUUGUACCUGCAAAUCUGGAGCAAGAUUUCUGGAAUCUUGUGCACUCGUAGCAAGUGUAUUGUGGUAUUUGGGAUGUGCAUGAAGAAAAUAUAAAUUAUCCACCUACUUCUAUUAACUAGUGUAUACUUAAGAUACUGUUCAACGAUCAAUGAAACUUAAUCAAUGUAAUGCCCCGUGUAAUGCACAACCAAUAGAAAAAGCGGCCCAAAGCGAAGAGAAUGAUUUCGUUCAGUAACAAAAACAACAAUCUCUCUAUAAAUUAACAUUGCACCGGGAUGCCCAAAGCGUGCAGAAAGUGCCAAAAGAGAAGAUAUUGCCUUAAACGACGAAUAAUAACUCUAAUAUCUUGCCAAUUAAUUUUUUUUUCUAGCUGAUGGUGACACGGAAGAAAGAAUUUUGGUUUUCGCUAGGAAUUUUUUUUCUUUACACGAAUAACUAACCAACUUCAGUAAAAAAGAAAAGAGAAAUAUUUGCUAUAAUACUAUACUCAGGAUUGAACAACCAAACAAUAUUAUUAUUAAAAAAGUUCAACGCUUCAUCCACAUCCUCCAGGGCAUGAAUAGAAUCUCAAUGAAUGCCCUACGACUUGGGAAUUUGGUGCAUUAACAUCAAUAAAGAAAUGUUCCUUCAGAGAUUUUGCAUAAUGGGUGUAGAGAUAAUUUGAGCGUAGAACCCGGAUUCUAAUUAAAUUUUUGACUUCCGCCGUCAAGUGAACAAAUGCUCCCGAACAGGAGUCAAAUUGAAUCAAAAACCACACAAAUUAAAAUUACUGUCUCUUAUGACGUUAACAUUAAUUGUCUAGGAAAACCCCAUUUCAUACCAUGCAAACAAUUCGCACUAUAGGGUGAGACUUCAAUUUGAAUUUGUUACCUAAGUGAGUGAAAGAACAUGACGGGAAAAAAUCUGCAGCUCUAUCUAAUGAUUUUCCUAGCACUCAAUGCUAUGAUUAUCAUUUCUGCCAAACCGAUAGAAGAUAUUUUGGAAGACCACAAUGUAGGUGCUUUUGGAGAAUCUGCACAAAAUUACCAGAAUGCUAUCAAAAAAGGAGGAGGCUCUAAGGGAGGAAAGGGAGGAAAAAAGUGUGGAUAAACAUUUGAGAAAUUGUUCUUCGAAUACAAAAUGCAACAAUAAUUAUUGAAGUAGAAUUGUUUUAAUUUAGUCUUAGAAUAUUUGGAAAAUUUGGCAUCCCUAACACUAACAUAAUUUUCCAUAAUUGAGUGUAUUACAAAACCAAAAAUACUUAUUUAUUAUUGUUACCUAAAGAAUUGUUCACUUUUAACAAUAUAAAUAAUUGCCUGUCAAUAGAAAAUCGAAAACAAUUAAUUCAUUAAUGGAACCACCGAAUUACCGUAAAAUCCGCCAUAAACCUGAAUUGUUUUAUCAAGGCUAAAACUAAUUGUUUUGCAUCAUGUCUUGGCUUUUUAUUUGUUUUCUUUUUUGAUUUUGUUAAAUACCUACUCCUUAAUAAUGCCAAUAAAAAUAGUAGCGUAGCAAAUAUUUUGUUUCAAAGAAAGACGUCCGUCACCCGAUCAUACAAGGGUAUUCCCCUUAUACCAGCCUAAAAAUAAAAGACGUGCUAUAAUUUUUAAGACAAACACAACAUUUUUGAUGUCCUCGAGGAUUGCAGAAAUAACGAGCGAAUAGUCGUAAG